AUGGCUAAACAAAAUUUCAUUGGGCUUGUUAUAUCGCAAGGUAAAAUGCUGAAAACCGUUAAGGUUAGAGUGCAAACCAAGGCAUAUGAUACUAAAGUUCAUAAAGAAGUCAUUAAAAGAAAAGAUUACUUGGUUCACGAUGAAGGGAACCUUUGUAAAGAGGGAGAUAUAGUUAGAAUCCAAGCUAUUCCUAAGAUAUCUGCCAGAAAAUAUUUUGCUAUUGCUGACAUCAAAAUUAACAAAGGUCAGCAAUUUGCAUUGUACGAAUCAUUGGCCAAAGAAAAGGUUGCGAAGGAAGCAACAGAAAAGAUCGAGCAAUUCUUGGAAAGAAGAAAAGAAUACGAGAAUACCAUCGUCCAAGUUGAGGACUUGAAAACUUUGGAUAAGUUGUCGAAUACUUUCCAAAGUGAUCCAUCUGCAGACAGAGAGUUUCUCUUGAGCGAAAUAAAUGCCAUUAAGGAGAAAUACAACAUUAAAUCAUGGCCUUCGACUGAGCCGGUAUUGAAAUUAGAAGUUAAUGAGGCUGCCAAGGACUUAACCAUACUUCAAAACAGAGUGGAUAAUAUUAAAAUUAUAUUGGAAAAACUUAUGAGUGAAGAAUACGCAUCUCACCGUCAACAAAUAUUAUCCGACUUAUCAAAGACACCGGUUGAAGAACUCAAGCCAUUUACCCAAAAGAAUAUCUUAAGGAAGUUUAUUUUAGAUCCAAGAAAUGAAUGCCCGGUUACUUUAUGA